UCAUGUAAACACACAAGCGACAUGAAGAGACAAGCAAACUAUCAUGAUGAUCCAGGCUCCAAACGUGGUGAAGCAGCAGUGUGCAAGCUGUGUGUUUUUAGGGAUCCUGACGUAACGCGGCAGUGGGGCUGUCUCUCCCACUCUGCCUGCCUGCAUUCAUAAACGGAUAUGAUAAAGCGGCGCUGAAUACACCCGAGCAGCGACAGCAAGUCAGCGCUCAACCAUGGCGGAAGAGGACGACGCGAAGAUUCGGAUUCUACAGAGCCUGCGUGGUAAAAUAUGUGAAGCUAAAAACCUGGGUCCCGUCUCGGGACCAAACCGACAAAGGGAUCUUUGUACCUUUUGCACCAUCAGUUUGGAUCAGGAGGAGGUGUUCCGAACCAAGAUGUUUGACAAAAGCGUCAGCCCGUUCUAUGGUGAGGACUUCUACUUUGAGAUACCUCGGCCUUUUCAGUGUUUAUCGUUCUAUGUUUAUGCCAAGAGCGUUUUCCAAAGGGAUUUGCCAGUUGGCAAGGUGUCAAUCAGAAAGGAUGACUUAUGUAACUAUAAAGGGAAGGAGCACUGGUUUAGCCUUCAGCCAGUAGACCCUAACUCAGAGGUCCAGGGUAAGGUUCACCUGGAGAUGAGACUCAACGAAGUGAUCACAGAGAAUGGCUCAGUGGGUCAACACUUACUUGUGCGGAUAAUAGAGUGCCAGGGAUUGCCACUCAUCAGUGGGCAGAUCUGUGACCCGUAUGCCACUGUGUCACUAGUAGGACCUGCCAGGUCCGACCAAAAGAAAACAAAGGUCAAGAAGAAAACCAGCAACCCUCUUUUUGAAGAGACCUUCUUCUUUGAGGUCACACGGUCCAGCAGCUACUCCAAAAAGUCACAUUUCCAAGUGGAGGAGGAGGACAUUGAAAAACUAGAGAUCAAAGUGGAUUUAUGGAAUAAUGAGAAUCUGGCUCAGGAUGUGUUCCUGGGGGAAACGCGGGUUCAUGUCAAGAUCUUGCGAAAUAAUCACAACCACAAAGCCUGGUAUCUUCUCCAACCUAAAGGGAAUGGUAGCAAGUCAAAGUGUGAUGACUUGGGAUCCUUGCGUCUAAAGCUGGCCUACGUAGAAGACACAGUGCUGCCAUCUGCCUGCUACACACCACUCUGCAACCUGCUGUUGAAAUCUCCUGACGUGAAGCCCAUCUCGGCGUCAGCAGCACACAUCCUGGGGGACAUCUGCAGAGAACGAUACGAGACUGUUCUGCCCACGGUUCGACUUCUCCUGCAUCACAAUCGUUUUGUGCCUUUCGUCUCGGCUGUGGCAGCGCUGGAGUUGGACAACACUCAGGAGGCUAACACUAUCUUCCGUGGCAACUCACUGGCAACGCGCUGCAUUGAUGACAUGAUGAAGAUCGUGGGGAAGAAUUACCUUGCUGUUACUCUGAAGCCUGUAAUUGAUGAGAUCUGUGAAUCGAAUAAAACGUGCGAGAUUGAUCCCAAUAAGCUAAAAGAAGGGGACAAUGUGGAGGUCAACAAGGAGAACCUACAGGUUUAUGUCCAGAAAGUCUUUUCCUCUAUUACUCAAUCCAGUGCCAACUGCCCUCCACUCAUGUGUGCGGUCUUCAGGUCAUUAAGACACCUGGCCUGCAAACAUUUUCCAGCUGACCCUCAUGUCCAGUACUCCGCUGUCAGCAGCUUUGUGUUCCUGCGUUUCUUUGCUGUUGCUGUCCUUUCACCACACUCCUUCCAGCUCCGCUCCCAUCAUCCUGAUUCUGAGAUUUCCCGCACGCUUACUCUCAUCUCAAAAACCAUCCAGACUCUGGGCAGCUGGGGCAGUUUGACGAAAAAACUGUCUAGUUUCAAAGAAUCAUACAUGUAUGACUUCUUCAAAUCAUUCCAGGAAGAUAAGUGCAUUGAAAAAGUUAAAAAGUUUCUAGAUGAAAUAUCUUCAAAUGUCUCAAAAGAGUCGAGUGGAUUGGAGGACGCAGUGGUUCUAAAGGAAGGGGAAGUACAGAAACGGGCCCAAGGGAGAAAACGGCUUGGCAAGAAAAACUUUAAAAAGCGAUGGCUUCGAGUGACCAACAGAGAGCUCUCCUAUCACAAACAUAAAGUGAAAGAGGCCCUCUGUAUCAUAAAUGUGAAAAACAUCCAGGCAGUGGAGAAACUGGAAGAAAGUGCCUUUAACCGUAAAAAUAUGUUUCAGGUGGUCCACUCUGAGAAGCAGCUGUACGUGCAGGCAGGAAACUGUGUGGAAGCUUGUGAGUGGCUGGAUGUCCUGGGCCAAGUCAGCCGCUGUAAUGAGUGCCGCCUGGCCACUUUUCACCCAUCCAACUACAGCGCUGGAGCCUGGCAGUGCUGCAAAAGCCAAACUAGCAGUGCGCCUGGUUGUAAGCCCUGCACAAUCAUCAUGCAGGCCAACCUGCAGCUGGACAUCGACUGUGAUCGGGAAACUGAGAGGAUUUUCUCCCUCCUCUCUGCAAAUGAUACCAAACUUCAAAACAUGGAAGACGCAUGUGCCAGCAUGGCAGUGUACCAAGGGCCCCAGCGAGAGCAGGAGGAAUACUCCAAGUUCAUUAUUCAGGAACCCAAAGAGACCUUUCAGACUCUCAAACAGCUCCGAAACAUCAUGGUGGAGCUUCAGCGGCAGCACGAGGUCAGAGGCGACGCCACAGCGCAGUACGGCAGCUUAGACAACCCAAUAGUGGGAAAAAACCCCUAACCGGGCCAGGCCAGUUCAUUGAAGAGAAAACACCAGUGACACAGGUGGAUGUCCUCAGGGAGUUCCAGAGAGGAAGCCCUCGCCAUGUGUCCCCAAGGAGGUCCUGACUUUUGGGAUCCUAACAACAAGUCAACUUGUGUAGGAUUUUAUGAGGGACGUCCUUUUUUUGGUUUUGUCACCAUCUUUACGCAGUAUGCCGUCACACCUCCGAGGCCCGCCUCCUCUGACUUUAGGUCCUUUUACGUAUAAAGAGCCUCCUUCCUUGUUGUUCACGUCCACAUCUGUGUGAGUAGGCUGCUAUUUUUAUUUUAUUCACCCAGUUUUAGGUUUAGGGAGGACCUUUAAGCGGGACCGUCCUGAACACUACUGAUGUUUUAGCAUCUUUCCCCCUUUGAACAGAUGUUUAUACUUAAGGAGAUAGAAGAAGCCAAUCUGCCUUUCUUUGGAUGUUCUUUCACAUGAAACCCUGAGGGAAUAAAUCACGCAGAAGCACUUUAAUAUUUCUCUCAACGAGAAACUGAUUACUAGAUACUUGGUAUCAGCUUUCCCCAUUUCGAUCAGUUACAUGAUCAUCAUUUUGUGUUUUCACCUCCUGUUGAUUUUAUGAUAUUUUUUUGACCAAAGACAAUUUCAUAGCUUUUGACUUGAAAAGCAAAAUUUAUGUAUUUUGAAUACAACUAUUUUAAAAGUGGAAACAAAUUUAAUAUCUAUAUAUUUGUUUAGAGCAUAUGUUUUUGAUAACAUUUUCGUGUCUUGAGGCAGGCAGAGGGCAUGGAUGCGAGUGCAAAUCCUGUCUGUGGCUCAUAUUGGUACGAGAGCAAUUAUGAAGGAAAUCCAAACUCUUAAUCAUGGAAAUGCAGACAAUCUCAGAAAUGAACACAUUUCUUUGUUCACAUUGCUGCUGCAGCAUCACUGCCAGAACAGACAAACGUCCAUAAAGGGAAACAAAUCCUGAUAUGUAAAAGCACUUUUUGUUUUUCUAAAUGCAUCCGUGGAAAUGAGGCCCAGCUUGUGAUUAUAUUUCUAUUUAUACGGCAUUUCUAUUUAUACAGAGGUGUCCGAAGUACCCGCGCUCCAGCAUUCCACACAUCGAUACGCCAGUAAUAGUCUUUUAUGUCCUGUCACUGCUUUUAAUCAACCUGAGCUGUGUUGAAAAGAAGAAACUUGAAUUUGUAAUUAAAACAACAAGUGCGACAAUCUUGGCUUAGCCAGUUUUUUUUUUAGCCACUAUUUUGAGACUUACUUGUUUUUUUUUGUCUGUGGUCUGUCAGCUAUUUCUAACGCACUUCUUGUAUAUUUAACCCAAUUUUCUUAAAAAAAAAAUAAUAAAAAGAAAAAAGUUAUUUGUAUGUUUUCUUUUCUUAAAUAUUGAUGUCACAUGUUGCCCUGCUGGUACGUCGCAUUGUUUACGCUUCUCCAAGGUUUCUGCUUUUUCUUUGUUUUCAUGCAUUCCUUUGCAAGACAGAACAAAAGGGAAUUGUGUAAAUGGCAUUUCAAACUUGCAUUAUUGCACAUCAAUGCUUCUACAGUUUUAAGAAAGUCCUGUAGUUUGUUGUGGUCUCUACUUGGGGGUAUACUGCGAAGCAAGUUUAGUGAAUAAGCGAGGUGUUAAGAGUGGAAAGCCAUGCUUGCCUGUUCAACGAAGGUCGCUCUCUUUUAAAGCAGCUGCUGGAUUUGUUAUUUUUUUAAUGUUCUUCACACUGAAAUGUUUCAGAUCAUCAAACAAAUUUAAAUAGUAAUUCGUGACAAUACAACUGGACACAAAAUGCAGUUUUUAAAUGAAACUUUUUAUUUAAGGGAGAAAAAAAGAUCCAAACCUACAUGGCCCUGUGUGAAAAAGUGAUUGCCCCCUAAACCUAAUAACUGGUUGGACCUGAGUGGCAACAACUGCAAUCAAGCGUUCGAGAUAACUUGCAAUGAGUCUCUUACAGCGCUGUGGAGGAAUUUUGGCCCACACAUCUUUGCAGAAUUGUUGUAAUUCAGCCACAUUGGAGGGUUUUCCAGCAUGAAGGGCCUUUUUAAGGUCAUGUCAGAGCAUCUCAGUAAGCUUCAGGUCAGGACUUUGACUAGGCCACUCAAGUCUUUAAUUUGUUUUUCUUCAGCCAUUCAGAGGUGGGCUUGCUGGUGUGUUUUGGAUCAUUGUCCUGCUGCAGAACCCAAGUUCAUUUCAGCUUGAGGUCACGAACAGAUGGCCAGACAUUUUCCUUCAGGCCUGCAGUUCUUUGGAUGUUGUUGUGGGGUCUUUUGUGACCUUGGAUGAGUCAUCACUGCGCUCUUGGGGUAAUUUGGUUGGCUGGCCACUCCUGGGAAGGUUCACCACUGUUCCAUGUUUUCGCCAUUUGUGUAUAAUGGCUCUCACUGUGGUUUGCUGGAGUCCCAAAGCUUUAGAGAUGGCUUUAUAACCUUUUCCAGACUGAUAGACCUCAAUUAAUCUCGGUUAUGUUGUAACAGGGGAGAGCAAUCACUUUUCCACAAAGGGCCAUGUAGGUUUGGAUUUUUUCUCCGUUAAUAAUAAAACAAGUUUCAUUUAAAAACUGUUGUGUUCAGUUGUGUUGUGAUUGACUAAUAUUACAAUUUUUGACAACAAAACACUUUUCAAAGGAAAAGAUCGCCAUAAACACGUCGACACUGCCAUCUAGUGGUCACAACGAAGUACAGCAUUUUAUAAUUUAGAGCAGUAAAAUAUGACAAUAUAGACAUUUCAAAGACGAAAAAAGACAGUUGUUGCUCCAAUUUAUUCAUUUUUCUAAAUGGAUAAGUGUUAAUAUGUCAAAAUUGUGCAGUGCUGAGUGUUGCUAAAUGACUUGUAGGGUAUAGAAUCAGUGUUAACUUGCUCAUUUACAUGCUCAGCAUUAUUCUGCCAGCGGUCCUCCUUCCUCUAUUGGCAAUGACAGUGUUGCUUUUGGCAAUAAUAAUCUUUUUCAACUCCUCAUAACUCUCCAUAAUAACGAGUUGCUCCUCUUGUGUAAAAUAUACUGACUGGGAUCAAUUCGCUUUUGAGAGGAAGUAAAAUAUUAUGACGUCAAAUGCCCCCUUUUCUGUGAACGCGCACUGAGCACAAAGCCGAGAACAGCAGUUGACAAAGUAAGUUGAUAACCACCGUUGCAGUAUCGUUUAACUUUCUUUGGGGAACUUAGAUUUUGUUGAGCUGCAUCUUGAGCACAAAGCCUGGGUUUGUUGAGCCACUUUCGCAGUAUACCCCCUUGGUCUUUCUGUGUCAAAAGUGUAUAAUAAACAUUUUGCCAAAGCUUCUCUUGCUUGUGGAACUUUUUUAUGGACCGCCAGAACAUUCUAAGAGCAGUGUAGCAAUAAUAAUGAUAAUAUAUAUUAAUAAAGCGUCGGAGCCUAAGGUUGGUAAAUUUGUAGUAUCGCCCAACCGUAGCAAGAACACGCUACUAGGGGUGAGCCUGAUACUUCUAGACCAGAAGCCAUUACGGAUAAAGCAUUUUGGCCGAGCAUGAGCAUCAAACGAGUAAAGCUCCUCAUUAUCCGUAAUCGUGAUGAAGA